AUUUCAAGUAAAAGUAAAGUGGUUGAAAUAUUAGCAUGGUGUAUCCCAGAGAAAAUUUUCUAAUUAACAGUUAAAUAUGUCCUACUAUUUGUUGAAUUAAAUCUUUUGAGCUAACUUUUGUAACGAAAGAAUAUGGUAUUUAUUGAUAUUACAAAUUAUAUGGUGAAUCGUUGAAACUUCAAGCAAUAACUAUUUGAGGACAAUGCUUUUGGUAUUUUUUUUCCAAAUUUAUACAAUUGAUUUCAUUAAUUUAGCAUAUGGCAAAUAAAGGAUUGAAUGUACAACACCAAGAACAUCUUGUGAUGCAUUUUAAUGCUAAAUAUUUGUAAUUUUUUUAUCUGAUGGAGAGGAAAAUUGGAAAAAACUUUCAUGAAGGACUUGGCAAUAAGGUGAGAAGUUGACAGUCCUUCUGGUAUAAGUUGCUGAUAGGUCUCAACUUGGGUUUUUAUUUUAUCUUCUGCUAAUCGUCGGAUUUUCGUACCGUUUUUCUCAAUUUUCUUUGAAUCCGUCAAGAAAUGGCCUUGCAUUCAGCAAUCAAGGGAAAAUUGUUGGCCGUCAUCGGGGACGAGGACACAUGCGUCGGUUUUCUCUUAGGUGGAAUCGGCGAAAUAAACAAAAAUCGCCAUCCUAAUUUCUUCGUUGUUGACAAAAAUACCAGCGUUGGAGAAGUGGAAGAGACUUUCAAAAGGUUUAUCAAAAGGGACGACAUCGAUAUUAUUCUCAUCAAUCAGAAUGUUGCAGAAAUGAUACGUAUCUGUAUCGAUAACCAUACACAACCCAUACCGGCGAUAUUGGAGAUACCGUCAAAGGAUCAUCCUUAUGACGCAACUAAAGAUUCCAUACUGCGCAGGGCCAAGGGCAUGUUCAAUCCUGAAGAGAUGUGAAAUUGAUUCUUCACCACUCUCGGCCUAUUGACUAGUUCAGUUUUAUUCCUUCACAAGUGGACAUUGGGCGCAUUUCUCUGUACAUUUGUAAAUUAUUGUUGAGAAAUAAUUAAGAAUUUUAUUGUAUAUUUUAAGGAUCGAGUGUCUAGAUGUGUAAUGUUGUUAAAAUUUGAAAUGAAACGUAAUAAAACCAAACCCGCUUGGCUAAUCUUGAUCACUCAAGGGCCAAAUCUUUAUCUGAAAUUUUAGUUGUCAUCUCGCAUUCCAUUGUUUGAAAUAUAUUGUAAAAAUAUAUCAAUGUAUUCAAUCUAAUAAUAACUUUAAAUAUACAUUC